ACCUAUUCAAAAGAAGCGAAAUCAAACAUCUUGCGAAAAACAAACAAAACAUGAAAAUCAACAUCGUCUUACUAACACUAUUCCUCUUGAUAACAUUGAUUUCACCAAUAUUUCCAAUAAAAGAUAAUGCAAGAGACCUUUUUAGAGCUACCGAGGAGAUGCAAAAAGCAAAUUACUUCACAUUUGUAAUGCUAAUCAAAAUGUCUCCACCUGACACAAAACUUGAAGGAAAUGUGACAUUCUUGAUGCCUAAUGAUCGAAUGCUUGCAAACAUGACACUUCAAGAAGGUUAUGUUUCUAACUUCUUGUUAAGACAUUCAAUACCAUCACCUUUAUUGUUUGACACAUUGAAACAGUUCCCUACUGGAACAACUGUUCCAAGCUUAUUGCCAAAUUGCAUAUUAAGAAUAUCUAAUAAUGGUAGGAGGAAUUUUGUUAUCAACAAUGUGAAAAUUAUUAGCCCAAAUUUAUGUGUGGCUGGAUCUUCAAUUCGAUGUCAUGGUAUAGAUGGGGUGUUGGAAGAAGCAUGUUCAUUGGGAAAUAAUUAUAGUGCUCCUAUACUUCCAUCUCCAUGUCCUAACAACAACACAGACAUUUCUUGCAAUGUAUCACCUUCUUUUUCCCCACCAUCUCCUUCUAUUGGAGACAAACUUAAUCCUCCUAUAUGGAUUGCUCCAAGUUCAACAAUCACAAAUACCGAGCCACAUAAAUCAGGGUCCCCUCAAUGGUUUUUUUAUGAUGCGUCUUUUAUAUGUGUAGCAUGCUUGAUAUUGUCUUUUAUACAAAUGCAUUUGUAAUCUUCUUGAUGUUUAAUGGUUUUUCUCUUUUAAAAUUAAUAUUCACUAGUGCAA